AUGGAUCCUGAAUCAGAGGGGCCACAGAUUAUCAAAGUGACACCUCUUCAGCAAAUGCUCGCUUCUUGCACUGGAGCUAUACUGACUUCACUAAUGGUGACACCCCUCGAUGUUGUUAAAAUUCGACUCCAAGCCCAAAACAACCCAUUCUCCAAAGGAAAAUAUUUUGUGUAUAGUAAUGGACUUAUGGAUCAUCUAUGUGUCUGUGAAGAGGAAGGCAACAAAGCAUGGUAUAAGAAACCAGGACGUUUCCAGGGUACAUUGGAUGCCUUUUUGAAAAUUGUUCGAAAUGAGGGCAUUAAAUCCCUGUGGAGUGGCCUUCCCCCUACCUUAGUGAUGGCAGUUCCUGCCACAGUUAUUUAUUUUACCUGCUAUGAUCAAUUAUCUGCUCUCCUGAGAUCAAAAUUAGGAGAAAAUGAAAGUCAUAUACCAAUUAUUGCCGGAAUUGUUGCCAGAUUUGGUGCAGUAACUGUGAUAAGUCCAUUAGAAUUGAUUAGAACCAAGAUGCAAUCUAAGAAGUUUUCUUACAAAGAAUUGCAUCGAUUUGUCAGCAAGAAGGUAUCUGAAGAUGGUUGGAUUUCCCUUUGGAGGGGCUGGAUUCCUACCAUUCUUAGAGAUGUACCGUUCUCAGCAAUGUACUGGUAUAACUAUGAAGUUUUAAAGAAGUGGUUGUGUGCGAAAUCUGGUUUAUAUGAACCAACAUUUAUGAUCAACUUUACUUCAGGGGCAUUGUCUGGUUCUUUUGCAGCUGUUGCAACUUUGCCAUUCGAUGUGGUAAAAACACAAAAGCAGACUCAACUUUGGACAUAUGAAAGUCAUAAAAUUUCUGUGCCUUUGCCUAUGUCAACCUGGACUAUCAUGAAGAACAUUGUUGCUAAGAAUGGAUUUGCAGGAUUAUUUACAGGUCUCAUUCCCCGUUUAAUUAAAAUUGCUCCUGCUUGUGCUAUUAUGAUCAGUACCUAUGAAUUUGGGAAGGCUUUUUUCCAAAAGCAAAAUGCUCGAAGACAACAAUACUAGUGAUGCUGUUUCAACUUGAAUUAACAACCAAAGCCAAAUAAUAAGGUGGAGACUCUUAGGCAAGAACUCUUUACCAUUAUCUUAAAAUUAUUUUAUAUAUUUCUUUCUUAUUAAAUGAGCAGUAAUUUCUACUUUGCCUCUGAAUCAUAACCCUAAUUUUAAAAUAAAUUGUUAGUCUGAUUUUUGAGAUAUUGAAAAAGAUACUCCAGAAGUCACACCAUUAAAUGUUCCUGUAAAGAAAAGAAAAAUUAUUCCUUAGCACUGAAAGUGAUAAUCUCUGAGAGUUUGAUAUUAUAGAUUUCGGUAUAACAUCAUUGGGACUGUGUCAGAUAUAUCAGAACAUUUUGAAUUGUGUGUUGAAUGAUGUUCAGAGUCUAGAAGAAAAAUGCCUGUCUCUAACACACACUUAAAUCAUGCACAUAGAUAUUUAAGUAUUCCAACAAAGUAGAUAAUAGAUGGCAGUCUUUAAAUAACAUUAUUCGCAUUUAUCUAAUUACCUGUUAGAUUUUCUUUAAUUCAAAUGCAUUAGUUUUUUGUUUUAUUUUACACCUCCUCUUGCUGUGAUAAGGCUUCACCAGUAUUAGGAUUUCUCCGCCUAAAGGUAUGGCCGUUUUAUCUUUAUGAACCAGAAUAUAACUGUUUAUGUGAUAAAGGUAUUUUUGGUGACUAAAGACUCUGUAUUAUCUACUGUUUCUACAAGAGAGAAGGAAUCUUUACUGAUUGUGUUAAAUGUCUGGCACAGUGAAUCUUGGGCGUGCAUAUAUUUAGAGUGAUAAAAAGAACGUUUCAGCCUGGGAAGGGCCCUGGUUUCAGCCGUCUUGGAAUCCAGGUAUCACUGUGGAGCUCUCGAGGUGUCACAUGUAUUGUCUUCUUCUAACAACACUGAGAUUAACACAAUAUAAGCCACAAGUACUUCCACAAUGUCCCUUGAUUGUACACAUCUCAUGUUAGUAUGCUACAUCAAGAGACUAAAGAGGCCGCUGUUUCCUUGAAGAAACAGCUUUAUUCACUACAGGCUAAUGGCUCAGUAAUGUAGCUCGUGGCUGUAGGAAUGAAACAGGACUAUGCUGGACGGACGGAAAUGUUCUGUUAUUUUUGUUUUUGAUUUAUUUUCUCAGGAUCUAUAUCCUAUAAGAAAAAGCACUUUAUUGCAGUCUGUGUGUAUGCUAUGACAAUGUGAAGUUGUUGUUUUUUUCCCCUAAAAUAGAGUAAUAUAGUUAGGUGACAGAUCUCUAGUGUAUUUUGUAUUUUAGUAGAAAAGAGUUCAUAUGUUUCGUCAGAAAUAAACUAUAUAGGGUUUGUAUGUAAUCUUUUGUGUUUACUUUAUCCUGUGUUGAUUUACCUUAAAAUUUU